GCGAUAAAAUUUAUGACCUUAUCUACUUGUAAACCAAAUUUUAGCUGUGCCAAGAAGAAUAAGAAAAUGUUGUGUUCUUGGUCCUCAAUGCCAAUAGCAGCAUGAACAUGAUGGCUUUUAGUUCACUUUUUUGCUCCACUCGUUUCAUUCCCACACCCUUUCUUAGUACAGCCACAUACCUUCUUUCUCCACAACACAAUUGUGCCAGUUUCAUUCCCCAGAAGAAGCAGUGUAAGAGAGAGUUCCCUCUCCCUGCAGUGGCUUCAGUCCCUCACGAACCCAUCAACUUUGAGUACCUGCAAGAGGAAUUCAGUGGGCAUGGAGUCACCUUUGAAGAAGCUUGUGGCAGUUGUGUUGUCAAGAUGGAGCUGAGAAAUGGAAGCACUGUGACCAUGAUGUUGCCAAGUGGAUUGAUAACCUCGUACAAGGCCCUCAUGUGGCAUGGGGGCAAGGUGGAGUUGCUCCACACUUCUGUGUCAGAGGGAGAGAAUGGUGAUCCUUUAAUUCAAGGAGGGGUGUCUUUAAACUUCAAUUUUCAAACUGAUCAUGAUGGUGAACUCUCUUGGUCUCCAACAAAUUGGGUUCUCCAUAAGAUUCAUGGCAAACCACGGGAAUCCAUUCAGGUAGAAUUAGCAACCAGAACACCAGAUGGCAAGAUUGGAUUAAAAUACAUAGUGACUUUGGAAAAAGAUACCUUAAACUCACAGCUUAAAAUCUCAAACAGAAGGUCUUUACCCCUUCUGGUGACAGGGUCAAUACUGAAUCACUUGACACUAAGCUCACCAGAAGCAACUUAUGCAAUAGGGUUAGAAGGAUCAAGUUACUGUAGCAUACCCUUGUUUGAAUCUGAGUUUAUGUUGAGUCCUAAAGAUUCAAGCCAAGGAGAAGGCUUUGGAAAAGUAUUUCCUCAAUGGAGUACAAAAAGUCAGAACAAUGGAUUAGAAGGUAGCCAGGUAAAUAAUGAAGAAAUAGACAACUACAAGCAGUUAAGUGAGGAACUAAGUCUUCUGUACACAGAAGCCCCGCGAAGUUUCACCGUGAUUGACAGGGGUAGAAGAAACUCAGUGUCGGUUGGAAGAAGCGGAUUUGAUGAAAUGUAUCUAUUCAGUCCUGGCUCACGCGUUGAAAUUUACAGUAAAUAUUCCUACAUAUGUGUAGGCCAAGCUUCCAUCCUCAAACCAAUAAUUAUAAGUCCUCAAGAUGUUUGGAGAGGUGAGCAGUUUAUAUAUAAUCCAAAUCUUGAUGCGUAAAUUUGCUUUUGCUAUGAAUAGAAAGACACAUAAGCAUUAUUUAUUUUUUGGCAGUGCAAAUUGAUGAUUAUAAUAGACUGACAACAUUAUAAACAGCAACACUAAUAUAUUAUUUUCCAUAUGCAAAAUGCCCUGAAGUUUUGUACAAUUUCUAAUGAUAAAUUUGUUCUAUAUUCCUNAUCUCUUCAUAAGUUAAUCAACUUAAAAUAAUUCUAGAGAUAAAAUUAAUCACCCAAUAUAAAGAUAAAAUGCAGAUAAUCCUAUCGUAUGUUUACAAA